CAUGAUUUCAUGCGCUGAUUGUUACACAAUAUGAGAUCUUCAGAAGCUUUGCUGAAAAGAGAGAGAAUAACUGAAGGGGGCGUAACGAGAGAGCGUUUGAGAAAUCGUUCUUUCUUUCACAUCCUGCCCCCUUUUCUUCUUUCUCGCGUUUUGUGCUUUUUAUUUCUCUUUUCUUCUCAAACUUAUUAUAUUUACCGGCUUGUAAGUGUAAAUACACGGUGAAUCCUCUAACUGUCACUGUGUUGUAUCCUAAUUGCUCUUCUUGUAUACGUAUUAGUAAUUGAUGAGCACAUCGUUGCAUUCCCUUCCUGUGGAGAUUUUACUGCUUGUAGCAGAUCAUCUCAGUCUAGCCGACAAUUACCAGUGUAGCCAAGUUUCUCGCCAAUGGUAUCGGAUAUUUCGUCCAAGCCUAUACCGUUCUGUGCACAUCAAUGAUCCAAAAACCCUCGGCGGCUUUCUGAAAAUCCUAUGUCGAGAUCGUGAAAAACAAGAGCAGCAUCAACCACCGUCGUGCACGCUGUAUUUCCCAGUUUCCCUAUGUACAAAGUCCAUCGAGCUAUCCAACGUCGAAUUUCCCAAAGGGAUACAAGACGCUUGCCCUGGAGUGCAGUCCCUGGCUUGGCGUUAUGAUAACCCCCCUAAGGCGGUGAUCAACCAAACAAUGGCGUAUGGUGCUGCAAUCACUAGCCUGACGCUCACAUAUACAGCAAGCGCUCAGGAGACUCCAACUGACAUUUUUGGGUUACUCCGUCGAAUGCCGCAACUGCAAUUGUUAGCGUUGUCUGGUGUGUUCAAGGAAUUGAGUACAGAUGAUCUGGAAGACUUGUAUAACGAAGCACCAAAGACAUUAACAAGGUUGGAUUUGGAGGGAAUCAUACUGGCAACGGAUAACCAUUGGGUGCAGUCAAGUAGCCCAUCAUCAUCAAUUCGGGAUUUACGGCUGGCGUAUCAAUGGCCUGACGAUGAACGAAGCAGUGCCUUGUGGCUCAUGUAUCUGACAUACAAGUAUCCGCGUGUCCGACAGUUAAACUUGGAAGGUCGCAAGAGAACUGCCAACGUCGUAUCUACCUCAUCAAGGUUAUCGGGAUAUGGUGGUGAUGAGCAAGAUAAUAUGGAAUUUCAAGCAAUGGAUCCCCUCAAUCUUCAAGCAUGUGGCGUUUUUUCACGCUAUCAUCCGGAAUUGGAACACAUCCGAUUAAUGAACAUUGGGUUGCAUUCAAGCUUGUAUCGAAUAAUGCUUCAAGGUCUGCAGCAAUGUAAACAUGUGGAUCUUGCCGGUGUGGAGGCACCAUCGUCCUACACCAGCGAGCAGAAGCAGCAGUGGUUGGAGGAUCUGUUUUCCAGUUUUCAAGAAAGGGUCCAACAACUGGAUAUGAAUAUGGUCUAUCCACGAAGCGUCAUGGCAGGACUGAGUCGGUGCAAGAACCUGCGUGAGUUGACGAUCGGCCGCACAUCUGGAUUCUUUACUAGUCGAGACCCGCAUUGGCAAUUGCCGUUAUCAGAUUUGCUUGCAAUUUGCCCCCGACUUGAACAGCUUACUUUGCGGCGACUUACAAUUGGAUCACCAUUAACAACAGCUCAUCUACAGCAACAUAUCACAAAGUCUCGCCGUCAUCAUCCAUUGCGAAGCCUUCGUCUAGAGUAUGCUGCUUUGCCUGCUUCCAUUUUACAAGCUUUGGCUGUACAGUGCCCUCGAUUGAACAAGCUUUACGUCCACCACUGCAAAUGGAUGAGUCAAAAUCAUCGACGAAACGAUGUCAUUGUUCACAUGCCUGAGCAGAUGCUAGACUUAGUCGAGAUCAUCGGAUCUGGUGACGUUUAUACGCUCGAGCCACACAGCUUACUUGCUAUUAAAACUGUCAAUGCACCCACGGAUGGAUAUCGUUGGCUCUUCAGCGCCGAGUCAUCCGCAACAACAUGCUCAACAACAACUCAAAGCAUAAUGCAACAAGCUAGUGCAUGGAGCCAAAUCCAAUCGUUGUCCAGCAUGCAACGAUUAAUGCAUUUAAAUGAGCAAAACGUCGCAUUGCUCGAGAAACAUAUGUCAGAUUUGGAGGUUGCUUGUGCGCUAAGGAUUAGCUCAAAGGAGCAAACAGCAUCGGAUGGCCUGUGUACUCGGAUCAAAACAGCAUUGAGCCACGGAUACCUGGCGUUUCAAUGCAAAUCUAUCAAUAACUUCUACUUCAAUGGCGCCCGAGUCAAUCUUUAAUCCGAUACCACGCAUAUACCCAUUUCCCCGCCACAAUUACUUUGUCACAUUAACAUAAUAUACCCUUCUUUUAAGCU